UUUUUUUGAAGUGGGGUGUUUGUCAAAAUUUUUCCAUUAAUCCACCUACAUUCCUGGCGCUAUAAAAGGUGUGCAUUUCCCUGAGUGGGUACCAUCUGGUAAAGUAAUCCCCAUCUAGAUAGAACCAUGAAACUGAUCGCAGUCGCCAUCAUCGCGUGUAUCCUGCUCCUUGGAUUCACCGAUCUAGCCCUGGGAUGCGACUGUGAGUGCCAGCCUUGUGGACCUGGUGGAAAGGCCUGCAAGGAUUGUCCCGAAAAGGACCAACUUUGUCAGCAGCUCAUCUGCGAUAUUCGCAAUCUCCAGACGAGGGUCCGCCAGUGCGUCUGCGGAGAACCACAAUGGAUGCUUUAAGAACCUAU